CACACCCGAAUCAAACCUUCCCACGAAUCCAACUUUCUCAUAGUAACUUUUUUCCAUUUGAGAAACUGAAUCCAAUCACUUUAAUACAAAAAGGUAAAAGCUGUGGGGCAGUUCACAUGAAAUGAAACCAAAGAGUGUGGCUUGAUCUUCAGCCAACAAACAAAUAAAAAAAAGGGCUUUGGAAUGAGAAUUCAGAGCUUAUGAAACUUUCUCUUUAGCUUAUUGAUUCAACGUUUUCACCGCCGUGUUGUACUCUGUAACCUCCAACAAGAACCUUCCAAACCCCCAAAAAUCUCUUUUUUUAUUUUUUUUAUUUUUCAUUGAUCAUUAAUAAAAUCAGCUUUUGAGGGUUAAAAAGAAAAGGAAAAGUCGUGGAUUCCUAGGUAUUUUAGUAAUUGCCGGUAGCCUUGUUUCAAAGUUUUGAUUUUAUUUGUCUUUUCUUGAUCCUUAAUAACUUGUUCAAGUUGUUAAGAAAUACCCACUUUGAGUUUUCAUUAGAAUUCUCAAAGUUUUGAUUUUUCUUGAUCUUUGAUCAGCUGUUCAAGUUUUUAAAAAAUACCCACUUUGAGUUUUGAUUAGAAAAUUUGAAAAAAAUGAGUUUUAGUAUUAAGCAAUCAGCUUUAGCUACAUGCAUGGAUGUUUCAAAUUCAGUUGUUCACAACAGAUCACCUUCAAUAAUUUGUAGAUCUUCGUUUUCACCAUCUUUGAACCUUCAGAACAACCCCAAAAGAACCAAUCUUUCAGUGUCAAAACCAUUGCAUAUCUCAUCUGUUGAGUGUUUUGGUAAGGAGAAAAAACCAGUGAUCCAAUGCAAGGCUUAUGAAGCUGACAAGCCUAUUGAGGCAGCUGGGGAAGUGAAAUCAGAAGCUGCAAAAAGGGUGAAAAUUGGGAUUUAUUUUGCAACUUGGUGGGCUUUGAAUGUGGUUUUCAAUAUAUAUAACAAGAAGGUUUUGAAUGCUUACCCCUACCCUUGGUUGACUUCAACUUUGUCCCUUGCGUGUGGUUCUUUGAUGAUGUUGAUUUCAUGGGCUACAAGGAUUGCUGAGGCCCCAAAAACAGAUUUUGAGUUCUGGAAGACCUUGUUUCCGGUUGCUGUGGCACAUACAAUUGGACAUGUAGCAGCAACUGUGAGUAUGUCUAAGGUUGCAGUUUCAUUCACCCACAUCAUCAAGAGUGGUGAGCCUGCUUUCAGUGUCCUGGUUUCAAGGUUCUUGCUUGGAGAGAGCUUCCCUCCUGCGGUUUACCUGUCCCUUCUUCCAAUCAUUGGUGGUUGUGCUCUUGCUGCUGUAACAGAACUCAACUUCAAUAUGAUUGGUUUUAUGGGAGCUAUGAUAUCAAACUUGGCAUUCGUCUUCCGUAACAUAUUCUCAAAGAAGGGCAUGAAGGGAAAAUCUGUUAGCGGGAUGAACUACUAUGCUUGUCUAUCUAUGUUGUCUCUCUUAAUUCUCACACCUUUCGCAAUUGCUGUAGAAGGACCGCAGAUGUGGGUAGCAGGAUAUGAAACGGCUGUAUCUCAAAUUGGACCACAGUUGAUCUGGUAAUAACAUGAUAGUGCUAAGUCUUAAUUCAUUUUCUG